AUGUCAAAUCCCUGGAAUGCUCCAAUGUGCAGACAGCAGGAGACUGUUAUGACAGAGAGACAGAGAUGGGCUCUGGUAAAGGACAGCCUAAAGGGGGGGAAAGGUAGAAGCUUAUAUUUUCUUAUUAUUUAUUUGUCUAUUGUUGUCUCUGGGUGUGAUUUUUUCAAUAUGUCAAAAUAUGCCUGUAUACAACAUGAUGAAGCAAUGGAAAAAUUCACUUCUAGGAACUAAUCAGUUAGUAAUUGACCUUAUCUAAUCCUGCUAUCGAAAUAAAUCAGAAAAUAAAUGUGUGCUUAUCAUUCAGUGCUGACGUGGAUAAAUAUAACAGAUGUUCUAAUGUAAUCAGAAUAUGAAAUCCUGGUCAGUGUACAGAGUUUGUCCUAAAGGCAGAAGACCAGACUCCUGACAUAAUAGGACAUAAUGAACUGGACCCACUAGGCCCAUGAUGAAGCACUGCUGUAUUUCCACUGUCAUUGGUGUCGCUCUGAUCUUCUUCAAUGAGCUUCUAUUAGACAGUGGUUGCGUUCCGAACGACACCCUAUUCUCUAUAGUGCCAUUUGGGACGAGCCCACUGAGUCUGGGUAAUGCUGCCUUCCACAAUCUGAUAUCCUCACAGAUUGCGGGUCUUCUCUAACCAUUUAGUACAAAUAUCAACCCCAGGAGAAAACUACUGGUAGCCUAUUUAGCAUUAUAAACAGCUUUUUGCUGUUUAUAACUAACUUCCUUAGAAUGGCAGUCAGCCAGUCCGCCAUUGGUGUAGACCAGAGGAGCUGUUACCAACACAAUGGUACAACCUGACACCAGUGGUAGCCAUUGUGAGGACAAUGGAGAAAGUUUGGCAUACACACAGUACACGUACCUUCUAUACAUCUACUGUUAACAUUCAAGUUUAAAUUCAUACAGCCUGUUGAGGAGCUGGAUAGAAUGAAUGAGCAAGGACUUACAAGGGAUAAAGAUAGUAUUUUCUCACAUCAUGAAAAUAAGCUUCUGAGUGUUCAAUUCUUGAGGUGUUUCCUGAUAGGCAUUAGAAUGUUUCAUAGUACUAUUUACAACAGCAUCAUCUUGUGUAAAACAAUGUGUUGUUCACUUGACACACUUAAGGACUAACUGCUGUGGUGAUUUGAAACCUAAUUGACAGGGAUUUUCCGAAUGCAUUUCUCCAUAUCCAUCUUCUCAGAAAAUAUAAAAAGAGAGAAGGAGACUCCUCUGUGCAGCGCUUGGGAGGGCUCCGAGCCAGAUAAUGGACCCAGUGGUAAGUAA